ACUACAGGGUACAAAAAAAGCAGAGCUACGCUAAGUGCAAUCUGAAACGCUCUAAAUCCACUUUUCCUUGAUGUAGAUAAUAGAUUCCUCUUUUGCUUCUGCGUUCUCAACUCGUUUUCUCAACUCAACAACCACUCGCCCGACUCCAAGCCCAAGCCGAAACUCUUGCUCAUGGCCAAUAACCCUUCCGACACUCCCGCCGACGACUUCUUCGAACAAAUCCUUGGCCUCCCGACCUUCGCUUCCGCCGACUCCGGCUUGGCUGCCGCCGAUGUAGGCUUGGCCGGUACGGCUUCUCCGGCUCCGAUGAUGCUGCAGCUUAACUCCGCCGAUGCCAACCCUCACCUCGCCGCCGGCGCUGCCUUUCAUGCGCCCGUUUAUCAGUUAGGGUUGAGCUUGGACCAAGGCAAAGGAGGCUUCAUGAAGCCCGAGGAUGCCUCUGCCAGCGGGAAGCGCUUUCGCGACGACGUCGUGGAUGGCAGAGCUAAGAAUGUAAUACCAGUUUUUCAUGGGCAACCCAUGCCAACAACUAUGCCUGCUGCUCCACAUCCUCCAGCAAUACGUCCCAGGGUGCGGGCUAGAAGAGGACAGGCUACAGAUCCACACAGCAUAGCUGAACGGUUACGCAGAGAAAGAAUAGCAGAAAGAAUCAGGGCAUUGCAAGAACUGGUUCCAAGUGUCAACAAGACAGAUAGAGCUGCCAUGUUAGAUGAGAUUGUGGAUUAUGUCAAAUUCUUAAGGCUUCAAGUGAAGGUUUUGAGCAUGAGUAGAUUGGGUGGAGCCGGUGCAGUGGCACCACUGGUAACUGACAUCCCAUUAUCAUCAGUUGAGGUGAUUAUUGAGAAGAAAUAUGGUGAUCAGGAAGAAGGUGGUGAAGGUGCAAGAAACAGACCAGCUUGGGACAAGUGGUCAAAUGAUGGCACAGAAAGACAGGUAGCUAAGCUUAUGGAAGAAAAUGUUGGGGCUGCCAUGCAAUUUCUUCAAUCAAAGGCACUCUGCAUAAUGCCCAUCUCACUGGCUUCGGCAAUAUACCAGUCACAACCACCAGACACUUCUAGCAUAGUCAAGCCUGAAACUAAUCCUCCUUCAUAGACCUCAGGCACAUGUUGCACAAUCUAUUGGUCCCGUCACGGGCUCACCUAAUACUGCUGGGACCCACGAGUUAUUUAUCUGUUCCAAACCCCCAUAAUUAAGUCAUUGGCAAGCAUCAAGUUGCAAUCAAAGUCAGAUGCCAUAAUUCUUCCUUUUCUGCCUUUCUUUCAGCUUUUGUCAAUACAGGAUUCGAUGUUAAUGCCUUAUAAAAUACAAGCAGACCCCUAUCUUGUCUUGCCAAGUAUCAAGUAGAGAAGAAGAAAUUGUCAAAAAUUGAAUUGAUAUGCUCUUCUCUUUUUGUGCAAUGGGUGGGGGUAGUGGACCAUGAUGUAAGCGCUUUUAUAGUGGGGCUUAGUUUUUGUAGUGGGCUGUGGGACCUUGUAAAAGGUUAGAGUGGUGUGUAUACUUUUAAUAGUGAAGCUGAAAUGGGUAAUAGUUACUUUAAGAGUGCUGGGCGUUGCCGAGUCCUGCAAAAUAUGAUGGUGCUUUUUGUUUGUUUAGGGCGUGCGUGAGUUGUUUACUCAAAAGCAUUUGGAUGACUUUUUCCUAUUCUCCUGAAUCAUUAUUAGUUUUUGAUUUAUCAAAUGGAAUGGAAGGACAUGCGUGGUGCUCCUUUCUUCCAAUCAGUUAGCCGUAACCUUAUUCAACUCAAGUGACUAGUCUCUGAACUCAUCUAUGUACGGUUCAGGAAUGGUUUGCUAAUUACUAAUUGGAACA